AUGUGCGCUUCCCUGGGCAAAUCACCCAGCCCUGAGCUGGCAUCAUCUUGCAGCUUGGCCAUGAAGGAGCAGCAGCUUAUGCUGGCCCUUCGGAUCCGUCCCCUCAACGAAGCAGAAGUGGAGGAGGGAGCUGCCCUCGUUGCCCACAGAGUGGGCGAGCAGAGGGUGGUCCUGACGGAUCCAAGCGAAGGUCCAGAUGAUAUCUUGCGAGCUAACAGGUCCCGAGAAAAAACAUUUGUAUUUGACAUGGUUUUUGAUCACAGAGCAACCCAGGAGGAAGUAUAUGUGUCCACAACCAAAAGCCUGAUAGGAGGAGUCAUUUCUGGCUACAACGCAACCAUUUUUGCAUAUGGUCCAACAGGAGCAGGAAAAACCUACACGAUGCUAGGGACAGACUGUGAACCGGGGAUUUACAUCCGCACUCUUGAUGACCUCUUUAAGGCCCUUGAAGCUGCCACUGAGGAGAUGGAUUACACAGUCUCCAUGUCCUACCUGGAGAUCUAUAAUGAAGUGAUCCGUGACCUCCUGAACCCAUCCUCGGGGUUCUUAGAUGUCAGAGAGGACCCCAGAGGCAGCAUCCAUAUAGUAGGAAUUACGGAAGUCUCCAUUACAAAUGCUCAGGAGAUCACACAAUUGUUAAUGAAAGGAAACAAGCAACGCGCCCAGGAACCCACCGCUGCCAACAAGGUGUCCUCCCGCUCGCAUGCAGUGCUGCAGGUGACGGUGACGCAGAAAAGCCGAAGGAAGGCGAUCGGUGAGGAAGUGCGAAUUGGAAAGCUUUUCAUGGUCGACUUGGCGGGGUCGGAGAGAGCAGCCCAGACUCAGAACCAGGGCAAGAGGAUGAAGGAAGGAGCCCACAUCAACCGCUCGCUGCUGGCUCUGGGCAACUGCAUCAACGCUUUGAGUGAGAAGGGAGGGAGCCGGGCCCAGUUUGUCAAUUUUCGAGACAGCAAACUCACACGUCUGCUGAAGGACUCAUUAGGAGGCAACAGCAGGACUGUUAUGAUUGCACAUAUCAGCCCAGCCAGUACCUCCUUUGAAGAAUCUCGAGUGACCUUGAUCUAUGCCUGUCGAGCAAAAAACAUCAAGACACAGGUAAAAUGUAACCUGCGGAAUGUCACCUACCACAUCGACCAAUACACCAGCAUCAUCACAGACCUCCGCAGGGAGAUCGAGCGUCUGAAGGCAAGGGUCAAAAACCAGGAGAAGGAGAAAAGUGCAGUCAGCUCCGACCUCGGGGAUCUGCAAGAAAUGUCUUCUGCAGCAGAGAGGCAUCAAGGCUCUGAGGCACACAGUGGCCAAGUAACGAACACCUUGCGGGCACAGCUGAUGGGGGCUUUCAGGGAGCAAAUGGAGAUGCGUCACAGCCCGAUGGAGCCGGAAAACACCAACAUCGAGCUGCGCGUUGAUACCUGCAGGCACCUCCUAACAAUCACAGACUGGGAACGAGAGAAGGCUCAGGGUGCAUCCAAGUAUGACAAGCCAGCAACGGAGGAGAAAGAUGAAAACACAGAGGAGAAAGACAGGGAAGCAGAUAUCAUAGAUUCACCUGAACCUCAUGAAGUUACAGUAGCAAGAGAAGAGAUCAACCUGCUGCUGGCAGAACAGCACAAGACGACAGAGCUGGAGCAGCAGUUAGCAAAUGCCGAGGAAAAAGCUUCCCAAACAGAGAUUUUCCCCAGACAAAUCACCAGUGAAGAUCAGCAGGAGGUACUAAGGCUCCUCUGCAGAGCCCACGAGCUUGAGCUUGGCAACACAGAGCUGCAGGCAAAUACACUGUACGAGGAGAAUCUAUUGUGCUGGAAGGAUUUUGUGAUCCAGCAACUGCAGCAGCACAUGCUACUCUGCGAAGAAAUUAUUCAGCGGCAGCAGAUGCUGAUAAAAGCCCAGAACAUUCCGGUCCCAGAGACACUGGCGAGGUUACACCACUUGCAUCUCUCUGAGUUGGAGGAGAGGACGCUGAACCACCUGCCUCUUCUACAUUCAGUGAUGUCCAGCAUGCCCAGGCCCCACAACAGCCCUUCUCUGGAUGUAAGUCAGCAUCUAGAGCCUAAUAAAGAUGAGAUCAGAAGGGGUCUACCUGGGAACAUGAAGGAUAUUCCCUCCAUCACCCUUGAGUCAGACAGCGGCAGCUGCAGAUCAUCUGAAAUGACACCCUGUAGGAAGGAGAGGUCUCUGGAUACCCAUCUCAGCCCAACUUUCUCUGGUUUGCAAAAAAGACCAGUUCAGCAGCCAGUCGCCGUUCCAGACCCCAACACAGAGACCUUGGGAGUGAAGUCUCCUCAGCCCACUUCUCUGAGAAGGAUAUGCCUAGGCUGAAGUAUCUAGAGGCCAAUUCCAUCCCAGAUUGUCAGACGAGAGACAGUGCAAGUA